GACAUUAAACUUUCAAAAACGAAGAGUCGUGCCGUUCUCGUCGCGUACGCCUAACGGUCACCAGGAAGGUUAUUGUAUUGCAUCAGAUGAGAUAGUAGUAAUUGUUUUCAUUACUUUCUGCUUCGUGUUGAGGGAGACUUGCGGUGUUGCACAUCCACAGAAACACCGGCCCUAUUUAUAAACCCGCUGGAAUACGGCGCGUCUGUGUGCUGUGUCGACAAGACAGAAGAUACUCCUUCUCAAAGCAUCGUGCAGGACACACGCUCAGUAGGAUUCUAUACAAUACCCUACCUUGUAGCUAGCCAUGCCGGAGCAGACACAAGGACCCGUUGUCCAGGACAACAAUGAUGGGACCAUCUGUGUACAGUACAAACCCCAGGCCGAGGGCAAACACGAGGUCCAGAUGACCUGCAAUGGCGACACCGUGAAAGGAAGUCCAUUCUCCUGCAUCGUUGACAGCAUUGGAGGCGGCUUCGUGACAGCGUUCGGCGUCGGACUCGUCGGUGGAAACUGUGGCACGAAUGAGGAAUUCACAGUCGUUGCAGCGAAAGGCACAGCAAAGGACAUCGACAUCAAGAUCGAUGGUCCCAGCAAAGUCGACAUGAAACGUAAAGAUAACCCUGACGGCUCGACCAACGUGAGUUACAUGCCCAUGACACCCGGUGCCUACGCCAUCGCCAUCAAAUACAAGGGAAAGCACAUCAAGGGAUCCCCCUUCAACUCUAAAGUCUCAGGUGAAGGCCGCAAAAGGUCACAGUUGUCGCUUGGCAACAGCAGCGUCUACUCCCUCAAGGUCAUCGAGCCCGACAUCGUCAAUCUCACCGGCACCAUCAAGACUCCCUCAGGCAACGUCGAACCCUGCAUCCUUAAGAGGCUCGGCGAUGGAGAAUUGGGUGUGGCUUCCUUCAACCCCCGGGAAAAGGGUGCAUACACCGUGUACGUGUGUAGCAACGAGAAAAACAUCAAGGGAUCCCCCUUCACUAUUAAUGUUGGGGACAAAGAACUGGCUCAUGCUGCAAAGGUCAAGGUCUCCGGUGCAACAAGUGAAGCCACUGCUAAUAACGGAAACGAAAUCAUCGUUGACACAACGGACUCCGGAUACGGCGGGCUUAGUAUCAACCUCGAGGGCCCUCACCGCUCCGAUGUCAGCCUGAUAGAGAAGAGGACCGACAGACAAUACGUUAUCCACUACAGCCCUCACGAACCCGGCAUCUACAUCCUCAACAUCAGGUUCGCCGACGAUCACGUAACAGGUAGCCCCUUUCUUCUUAAUGUCGGCGGCAACCCUUCCGGUCGUGUGCGCGAGACGAUCACCAAGCAAAUGGAAGCAGCCUCUGCCAGCGAGCCCGGCAACAUGAGUACAUUUAUUCUCCAGAUUCCAGGAACAAACCCCUUCGAUAUGGAGGCUUCGGUGACUGACCCCGACGGCACCACUGAACUGUGUGACGUGAUGGAUCUUGAAGACUUCCACUACAAGAUACAGUUCACGCCCAAGAUUAAGGGAUCCCACAUUCUCAGUGUCAAACACAAGUCCAUGCAUAUCUCCGGAAGCCCGUUCACGUACUCUAUUGGUCAGCUGAAUAUGGGCGGACCCCAUAAGGUUCAGGUCGGCGGACCUGGGUUGGAGAGGGGAGAGGUCGGACUGCCAAAUGUGUUCAAUAUCUACACAAGAGAAGCAGGCCCUGGGUCAUUGAACAUAUCCAUUGAAGGCAAUUCUAAAGCAAAUAUCAAGCUGGAGCCCAGAGAUAACGGUUUCAUCGGAUGCGGUUUCACAGUUGACAAACCAGGCAUGUACGGUGUCCACAUCAAGUACGACGAAAAACACAUCCCCAACUCGCCCUUCAUGGUGAACAUCGCCCCCGACAGCGGAGCCACGAGACAGGUCACUGUUCAGGCUCUGAAGGAUAGAGGCCUACAGGUGGACCGCGCGUCGACCUUCCAAGUGAACUUCAAUGGCGCUAAGGGUUCCCUGCAUGCAACAGUCAGAACGCCAUCUGGUGGACACGAUGACUGCUUCAUCCAGGAGAUGGACACUGGACUGUACGCCGUCCGCUUCAUCCCAAGGGAGAAUGGCGUCCACUACAUCGAUGUUAAACUGAAUGACGCCCACAUUCCUGAUAGCCCCUUCGCGGUCAUGGUGGGGUCAACUGCGGCUGACCCAGCUAUGGUCACCGGAUCUGGAGAUGGACUUGAAGUCUGCAAGUGCAGUCAGAAGGCCAAGUUCAUUGUGAGGACCGCAGGUGCCGGCUCCGGCCUCUUGGCCGUCUUCAUUGACGGACCAUCCAAGGUAUCCCUCAGUUGCAAGGAGGUGGACGAAGGAUACGAGUUCAUAUACACUCCCUUCUGCGCUGGGGACUAUCUCAUCACCAUCAAGUACGGCAACAUCCCCAUCGCUGGCAGUCCCUGGAAGGCUGUGGCUACAGAUGGAUCUUUCAGCAAAGGUAACAUCAAGAGCCGAUCCAAACCAGGUACUGGCCGCAAAGCUGCUCCCGGAAACGAACAGUCCUGCAUGGUGGUGGAGACGGUCGAGAAGAAGCCCGGGGCCUCUGUGAGCAAGAAGUUCCGGGGGGACGCAAGCAAGGUCACCUGCAAGGGGAACGGUCUGAAGAAAUGCUUCACCAACAGACUUCUCAACAUCUCUGUAGACGUCAGGGAUGCCGGCCAGGCCAUGCUUAGCGUCGGCAUGAUUGGACCCAACGGGUUGUGCGAGCCCGAGCUGGCUGUAAAGAAGAUGACAAACACCACCUACCAGGUGAGCUACAAGGUGAUCGAGAUCGGCGAGCACACACUGCAGAUCAAGUGGGGCGAUGACGAUAUUCCCGGCAGCCCCUUCUGCCUCAGCACAUGAGCAGAUCCUGAUUCUUCUGCUGGUGGAACACGUCGCCCACGUCCUUGACCUUUAGCAGCCAUGACCUACCACGAAACGACCCCUGACCCUUAUAGUUUCCUUCCGUUUCCCUACCCACAGCCCUGCACAGUCUUCCAGCAGAAAUGUUACUGUUUCGUCAUUCAGCUUCAUAUUUGAACGUGCCAAUUUCCAUAUCUCAUUUCAAACUUCCAUCAUCUUUCUCAAAGAAUUAUCUGUGAUGUGUCGCAUAUAUGCAUGUUGUUACUCGGACGAGAUCGGCCUAUUAAUAUAAUGUAAUACGAUUAUCGGCAUGUACAUAAAGAUAAGCAGUUUGCUGUGUAUUUUGCAUGAAAUAUGUUCCUAUUUACCACUUAAGUUGUUCCAUAGCUUAUGUUAAUGUCUUAAUUAUUGUAAUGAAUCCAAUAGAUUAGUAUACAGGUAAUAAACAGGGUUUUAUUCUUCAUAGCCUUGUGCCAAUUGUACAAAGCAUGCCAGCGAACUGUUGAAGUGUUCUCAGUCUGUCCUUGGUGUAUUCAUUCUAUAACCUGAAGUGAAGGCUCAUUCAUGUGUGUAUGUACGUACUUCCCUUCAGUGUGGAUUGUUGUGUAAGAAGACAUUUAAAUAAUAAAAUAGUUGACUUUUA